AUGAAAAAUACGGUUAUUCUACUAAAGAACCCUAGUACGCCCAAAGACCCGUACCAUGACUUACUCAUAGCCAAUUCUUACAACCCACAUUUCAUCCCAUUACUUCACCAUACUCACAAGGACAAAGCCCAAACGCUAGCCUAUCUUACAUCAGAUGCAUUUGUUGAAAACACAUUAUAUUUCAUAAUCACGUCGCAACGUGCAGUUGAAAUGUUGCGUGAAUGUAUCAGUGAAGUGACUGAUUUGGAGUUACGACUGAAAAUUUUGCAUAAAGUGGGCUACACUGUGGGUCCAGCCACUAGCAAAAUAUUGCGAGAAGUGGGGUUUACUGAUGUACGAGGUGGUGUUGAUGCUGGGAAUGGUUCUAAAUUGGCUGAAUUGAUUAUGGAUGAAUUGUCACCAGAUACAAGGGUUGUAUUUUUCACUGGUGAAAUUAGAAAGGAUAUUAUUCCUAGGAAAUUGAUUGAUGUGGGCAAAUUCAACCAGUUUGAAGAAUUCGUUAUGUAUCAAACUCGUGAACGGGACGACAUUAUUGGAAACUUUAACUCCGUUGUUGAGCAAGUCGAUGGUGGUUGUGAAAGUACAACUAAGGAUGCUCUGGACAUUUGCGCUGGUGGAUGGAUUGUGUUUUUCAGUCCACAGGGAACUAAGGAGAUUGUUCAAUACUUGAAACAGCAAAACGACAGUAUGUCUGAGUCUAGAGGAAAUAAACGGUGGAAGUUGGCUAGUAUUGGACCUACUACGGAGGAAUAUCUCUUGACCAAUGGAUUGAUCCCUAAUACCAUUGCUGCCAAACCAGAUGCAGCAAAUUUAGUGGAUGGGAUACUCAAGUCUGAUUAG